CCCCUCACAGACCGCCCGGAAACCUCUCCAUCCGACGCCGAAGCCAUCGCGACCCGAAAAGCCCUCUCGCCCGCCUACCAGCUCCACUUCACCUGCAAAAAAUGUCUGGAACGCUCCUCCCACACGGUCUCCAAACAAGCCUACCAUUUCGGCACCACCGUCAUCCACUGCCCCCAAUGCAAAACGCAACAUUUGAUUUCCGACCAUUUGAAAAUUUUCUCCGACAAAGCGAAAACUUUGGAAGAGAUUGCGGGGGAGUUUGGAGAGGUUUUGCGGAAGGGGAGAUUGGGGGUUGGGGGGGAUGUGGAGUUUUAUGAGGAGGGGGCGGAUGAGGUUGUGGAGGGGGAGUUUAGGAGGUUGGAGGAGGGGAGG